CAACCUGCUCCCGCUCAAUUAUAUGAUACUUCCCCCCGAACACCUUUUACUUCUUUCUAUUUGGGCCUGUUAGGAAAUAGUGUCUUCCCUCGUCUUUCAUCGGCGCGCACCGCCCUACUUGCUAUCAAGAGUCCGCUCGAACGACCUAUCUCCCGUUCUGAAAUCUAUAAGGAAAGAUAGCUGUCUCCUCUGAAACCUCAAAUAACCAUUAUGUCAAUGUCUACCACUAAAUUAAAUGCGGAGAGCCAUCUCCUUCUCGACCAACCCCUCCUUCGCCUCCCCCACGAACUCCUCCGUAAAACAUUCAAAACCUCACAAAAACACUUCGAACGAGACCAAAAUAUUAUUAUGACUGGUGUUAAAGAAGCCGCGGCAAAAGCUAUGGCGGGCGGAGAUCCCGAAGACCCCGUGGCUUCGUUAGAUAGUAUGAUAACCCGGAUGCAAGGGCUUAAACGAAAAUUAGAAAGUCUGCACGAGGAUGAGAAGGUCCUGCAGGAGCACUCCAGGAAGAGGAUUAGCCACCUACAAGAUCUUUACAAUAUCCCUAGUCUUGUGGAUGAGGGGUAUGACCGGUGGAGUAGGACCAGGCUUGAUAGGCUGUUGGUGGACUUCUUGCUGAGGGCGGGGUAUGGCGAGAGCGCUAAGAAGUUGGCGCAAGAGAAACAGAUUGAGGAUUUGGUAGACGUUGAUGUUUUCGUUCAAUGCGCUAGGGUCGAAGCAAGCCUUCGGAGAGGGAGCACGGUGGAAUGCCUGGCUUGGUGUCAAGAAAAUAAGAAUUCUCUACGAAAAAUGAAGAGUACUCUUGAGUUUGAGUUGCGCCUACAGCAGUUCAUCGAACUUGUUCGGGCGGGCCAGCCAAAGGAGGCCACUGCAUACUCGAAAAAGUUUCUUGUUCCCCAUUCGGAGAACCACCUCAAGGACAUUCAGAAGGCGGCUGCGUUGCUUGCUUUCCGGCCCGAUACCCCAUGGCAGCCGUACAAAGCCAUGUAUUCAGCGGAUCGUUGGGAAUUUCUCGCCAACGCAUUUGUCAAUACUCACCACAACUUAUACGGCCUUCCCUCCCGACCUCUUCUUCACAUAGCUUUGUCGGCGGGGUUAUCCGCACUUAAGACACCAUCUUGUCAUUCUUCUGUGGCUUCAUCUUCGAGCAACACUGCCAGCUCCACGACCUCUUUGUGUCCCAUUUGCUCCACGGAGCUGAAUGAUCUGGCCAGACAUGUUCCAUACGCCCAUCAUGUUAGGAGCUCUGUGGAACCUGAUCCGGUGGUGCUGCCCAACGGUAGGAUUUACGGUCGGGAGAGAUUGGAGGAAUUAGCAUCGAAGCUUGGAUUGCCGGAGGAAAAGAUUAGAGACCCCACUACGGGAGAAGAAUGGGAUCGCAGCACCGUCAGGAAGGUAUUCAUAAUGUGAUGAAAUGGUGGAACUGGCUUCGUCUGGGAAUUACUUUUUUUUCUUUUUUCGCACUUUAUUUUGCGUUGAGGAUAGUUUGUCAUUUGUAUAUUGCGGGAAUUAAGUUCAAUCUCCGUUUUCACGAAGUGUAUAAACGGUGUAUCGAGGGCUGAGCUUUUGAUUUGCUAUUCAUUUAAUCAUUCACUCGGAGUAUGCGAUAUUUUUCUUUUUUCUCUUCUUCAUUAGUUAAGUACAGUUAAAAGUCAUGAAAAAACCCUUCUCGACAAA